AACUGUUUCACUCUGAGGCAAUAUGCUAUUCGUCGAUGGUCAUGCGCUGCGCAGGUGUUAGAUUAUUAUCACCUCCAUCUGUGGGUAUAAAAAAGUGAUGCCUGUCUUCGUCUGGUGUUCGUAGUCAUGGCCAAACUUGCUUUCCUACUCAAACAACUCUGUUUCAUUGUACUCUUGCUCUGCGUGUCGUACACCCGCGCGCGCUACUGCCGAACAGUUCCUGGCGACCCAAGCUUUCCAUCUGGUGAUGAAUGGAACAGUCUGAAUUAUUCUCUCUCCGGAAGACUUGUCAAAGCGGUCCCAUCCGCUGAGUUUUGCGAUAUGCAUGGCGGCUGCACUGACGCUGAAUGGACCAGCGCGGUUUUUCGCGCCAAUAUACCUGGAGCUAUGAAUCAAGUCAAUUGGGAGCAAGAUUACGAAUCGAUACCUCCCUCUAUAUGCGAGAGGAAUUCGACGGAUUGCGGUCAGGGCGACGUUCCAUUGUAUGCUAUCUUAGCGGAGUCUGUUCAAGACGUGCAGGCUGGUAUCGAAUUUUCAAGCACUCACAACCUUCGACUUGCAGUUAAGGCAUCUGGACAUGACUAUCUGGGACGAUCAACCGCGCGCAAUUCGCUACUGAUUUCUACACACAUGUUUCAAAAUAUCACCUUCGUUGAUAAUUUUACCGUGAGCGGGUAUGACGAAGGAUCAGCUGUCACCGUUGGUAGUGGAGUGCCCUUGAACACCUUAUACAAGGCGGCCAAGGAGCAAGGAAAAAUCCUUGUUGGUGCCGUUGCGGCUACUGUCGUCGCUGCUGGUGGCUACAUUCAGGGAGGUGGCCAUUCAGCGCUCUCACCUCUCCUGGGCCUAGCUUCAGAUAACGUCAUCGAGUUUGAAGUCGUGACGGCCAACUCCACAUAUCUGAAGGUGAAUGGAAAACAAAACACUGAUUUAUUCUGGGCAUUACGAGGAGGCGGUGCAGGAUCAUGGGGUGUCGUCGUGUCCGCAACAUUCCGUACCUUCCCUACAUUCAGUGCAACAUAUUCGCUUAUAUCAAUUGCCGUUAACGAUACUGUGGCGAUUGGCUCAAUCAUGGCUUCACACGCCAAGCAUAUCUUUGAUUGGGACGAUCUCUACGUGGGCCAAUACUUUUAUGCCUACGAGAACACCACGGCAAAUGCUUAUAUGCUUGCUUUGACCUCCUACUUUCCUAAAACCUCCUCCGACGAUGCUUCUACCGCCCUGAAGCCAUUCCUAGAUGAAGCUAAACAGUUUGGGCAGAUUGUUUCACAACUAUCCAUCGAAGGCAAUAUAAACGACGAGGUAACGUCUGUCGACGAUGCAGUCGGCUUUAACGCUGUGUUGGGUUCAAGACUUAUUCCCGAAAGUGUGUAUCACGAUCAUCCUGAUACCAUCGGACACGUGUAUACUCAACUUUUUAAUGCUGGGGCUGUUGCCGUCCUUGGUCACCUAGUUGCGGGAGGCAUGGUAUCAGAAAACGGGUGUAUUGACUCUGCCGUUCAUCCCGCAUGGCGAACAGCGAAGACACAUAUUGUCCUUCCCAACAUCUGGGAAGACUCUACGACAUUGUCAAAUAUCUCCUUGAUUCAGAACACAUUUAAGAACUUACAACUACCUAUCCUUGAACAGAUCGCUGGAUCACCUGGUGCCGCGUACUCCAAUGAGGCUGAUUCUUUGGAAGAGGACUUCAGAACUACAUUCUUCGGACCCAACUAUCCGCGUCUUGACGAUAUCAAAAGGAGGUACGAUCCAAUGGACCUUUUUAUUGUUGCAGCAGGUGUUGGUAGUGACAGGUGGGACAAAGACGGACUUUGCAGGGUAGACUGAACCGAGCUCUCGUUAACGUCGAGUGUCUAACAUUCUCUCCCCAUCGCUCUGUUCCUUUUCCUCACUGAAAUAAUACUUUUCUCUUGGAC